UAUUUCCAAUUUGAAUCUUGUUCAAUAUAUUUGUACGUUUAACAAAAAAAGAUCGUCGAUAUGUUUCGGGCUGGUUUUCUACUGGUAUUCUUUUUGAAUUCUAUUUUUGCCGCUAAAUAUGUCAUAGUCGAAGAUGGAGUUUUGGUUCUAAACAAAGAUAAUUUCCAAGAAGUGAUCAAGGAUAAUGAAUUUGUUUUAGUAGAAUUUUACGCUCCAUGGUGUUCGCCCUGCAAAGCAUUGCAACCUGAAUAUGCCAAAGCUGCCAAACAACUGGAAAAGAAGAAAUCUACCAUUAAACUUGGUAAAGUUGAUGUAACAGUAGAAGAGGAGCUUACUGAGCAGUUAAAUGUUACAGGAUUCCCCACUCUGAAACUCUUCAUAAGUGGCAGUUCAAUUGAUUAUUCAGGAAUAAAGUCGGCAGACAAUAUAGUUCUUUGGCUGGAAAAGAAAACCGGUCCUCCAGCUAAAGACUUAGGUUCCAUUGAAGCAGCCGAAGAUUUCAUCGAAGAAUAUAAGAUUGUUGUCAUUGGUUUUUUUAGUGAUCAAUCCACUAAUAAUGAAAAUGCCAAGAACUUCCUGAAGGUUGCUUCUGGUUCGGACAAAAUACGAUUUGGAAUAUCAGGUGAUAAAGAUGUACGGGAUGAAUUUGAAGUUGCUGACAACAGUAUCGUUUUGUUCAAGAAGUUUGGAAAUCGCAAUGUAGUCUACAAUGGUGCCGCCGAUGAAGAUUCACUCAAGAAGUUCAUCAAAUCUAAUACUUUACCUUUGUUGGCAGACGUCAACGAUGAAGCUUCUCACAUUAUUUUUAGCGGUGAAUUUAAGACCAUUUUGUUCAUUUUCUUGAGCAAAGACAAUCAAAACGAAUACGAUGCUAUUUCUAAAGCCGCCAGAUCCAUAGCUAAACCAUUCAAAGGAAAGGUUAUCUUUGCCCGCGUCGAUGCCGAACGAGAAGAAAACCAAAGGAUCAUGGACUUCUUCAAAAUCGAAAAGAACUCUGUACCAACAGCUCGUCUUAUCGAUUUAAACGAAGGCUUACCAUAUAAACCAGAAUCUAACGAUUUGACCGCCAAAAAUAUCAAGAAAUUUGUCCAAGACUUCUUGGAUGGUAAACUUAAACCAUACAAAGAACCUGUCAAAGUAUUAGAUAGUAGCAAUUUCGAUAGCGUCACUCUUGACAGCUCAAAGGAUGUUCUCGUGGAAUUCUACGCUCCAUGGUGCGGUCAUUGCAAGAACCUCGCCCCCAUCUACGACAAACUCGGAGAACACUUCAAGGACAACAGCGACGUUGUUAUCGCCAAAAUGGACUCCACCGCAAACGAAUUAGAACACAUCGAAAUUGUUAGCUUCCCAACCAUCAAAUUAUACACCAAAGGCAGUAACGAAGCCAUUGACUACGUAGGCCCAAGAACAUUCAAAGGGCUAGCAAAAUUCGUAGAGUCUGGUGGUAAAGAUAAUUCCGAAGAAUCCGCUAAAGAAGAUGCUGAAGAGGAGAAGCCUUCCGACAAAGAUGAAUUGUAAAGUGUAAAAGUGGAUUUGUUAGUUAGUUCAAAUAAAUAAUUUAACUUUAAUCCUUCCGAGAAAGAUGAAUUAUAAAGUGUAAAAGUGGAUUUGUUAGUUAGUUCAAAUAAAGAAUUUAACUUA